UCGUGGUGGAGUUUAGUUGCUGCGUGUAGUUCAAGGUGAUCGGUUCAGUUUUGUCGGUUUGGAUCCAGUGGUUGAAAAAAGGAAGGAUGUUCCGACAGAUUUGUGUUUUAUUGUUGGGACUUAAUACAACCUUGGGUCUCAGUGCAGUGUAUGUGAAUAACCAUAAGAUCGACAAGUACGAUGUAGACAAGAUAAAAGUGUUGAAGCCAACUCCUCCUAGUGAUUAUGCGACAAAUGUGAAUAUUGUUUCACAGGAUGACUUUCCCAAUCCUUUGCAUUACUACCAGUAUUUGGUGGGGAAUGAUCCUGGUGGACAUGUGGAACUACUAUGGGGAAACAACAAAACGUAUCUUCCGACAAUGUUUCGGAGUACGACAACUGCAGAGCCACCAAUAACCAGUCCAAUUGACUACGCAGAUGAUCUGUCUUCAAUAGAAAACACGUUGAACAACACUACCCCGAUCUAUAAGGGGGACUAUCACAUGGAGCAAAUUCAGCUACCGCCAACGACUACGGCGCGACCAAUACGGCGAUUGAAGAAACCUGCCACAAAAGCGCCUACUACGAAAGCACCUACCACCAAAAAUCACACUCAAAUAUCUGAAAAGACCCUGCAGUUGCUGCGAAAGUACUUCACCAUCAACUGUACGUUAACGCCUUUUCAAGAAGCAUCAACCACUCCGAUGACAAAAAUUGUAACUACCACGAAUAAACCGAGGAAAAAGAAAAAGACUAAAAUAACUACAUUGUCAACUUUAGGAUCAACGACCCGCACUUCUACGGCUCGUCCUUUGACCAAAAAGGUGAAGUCUAAGAAACAGAAGAAACCGUUCGAGCAGGUUGUCUACGUGGAUCCUCCGGUCAUUUCCACCAUCAGUGGAGUGCUGGAGAGUAUGUACAACUAUAUGGAGAAUGCUUUCAUCAGUACCGAAUACGUAUCCAUCGAGGACGAUGGGUUGCAGGACGAGGAAGGAGAACUCGCAUUUCAGGAGAAUGAGGUGAUAAACGGGAAGAAGAUUAAGCGUAAUUCCGUUGGAGACAAGAAUUCGGAAAUGACCACCGUUCCAAUCGGGUUUACGUCGAAGCAAUAUCAAGGUGGAAACUCGAAGCGCGUGACAGUGGCCGGGAUCCCUGUGAGUAGUGGGCUGCCUAAUAAGAACAAGUUAACGACGAACAUUCAUGUGACUAGCGAGUAUUCUCCGGCAACGCCAGCCACAGUGCCUUUUCCACCUCAAGCAAUAAUCGAUGAUAAAGGUGACAGUAGUGAAGAAAGUGCUUCGGAUGAAGGCGACUACUAUGAGGGCUUCUCGAAUACGAGUUAUGAUGAAGACGAGGAUGAUGAGGAUGAUAGUCAGGAGGGUGAGGAAAGCAGUGAUGAAUAUGAUGGAAGCGAGGAAGUGAGCGGUAAUCAAGCGGGUGGAGUUGUGAACGAUAAGAACUCGGAUUAUGAUGAUGAUAGUGCGGGGUCGUCAGACAAAACGAAUAUUAAGAAACCGGAGCAUACAGCUAGUGUAGAAGAUUACAGUGAAGAAGAAUCGGCAGAAUAUGAUAGCGGGGAAGAUUCUGACGACAGUGGCGGUGGUAGUGGGGGAGGAAACUUUUUUACCGGACUCUUCUCAUCAAUAGGAAGGUUUGUUCGAUCGCUGGGUUUCGGGCCACGAACAACAGUUGAGUAUGAUGACUAUGAUGAGAACCGCGGAACAACUCCAAGGAUAGUGGAUCUCAAAAAACGUCCAACCCGGAGUGCUUCCGACCUUAGUACGCAGACACAGAUCGAAAGAGUCCACGAUUCCACUGAGAAGCAGCAGCCUUGGUAUCACUAUCCACCAUACAUGUACAAUGAAAUUGAAGAACCAGAAGUUCCGUCACCCGUGGUAGAUCCUAUUACAGGGACGGAGGAUAACUCCUACCAUGAUUGGUUUCAAUUCAUGAUGCCCUGGGAUUUCUUCAAUCCGUGGUCUUCACCGGACGAGUCUACAUCAACAGCAAGCACCGUUGAACCCGUUGAAGCAACCGCCCCGACAAUAACCACAACAACCACUCAAUCAAGUGUCGGGUGGCUUCCAAAUCUUUUCGGUGUAGAUUCACCCACCGAUGCACCUUCCAAACCUACAACUUCGAAACCGUUGAUUCCAUUCCUUCCAGCAUCAGAUCCACUUCAAAAGCCAGAGAACUGGCUAGGAGUUAUCGCGCAACACAUGUUCACAACGACGAGGAAACCAAAAACCACGCAGGUUCCAUCUACAACGCACCUAACGAAACCCACAAAAGUACACUACAGCGGAUACCAGCUGUGGCGUAUCCACCCUAGAACCACGGACCAUAUUCGCUCGCUGGAAGACUACAGACUAUCUCCGGAAGGUGUUAAACUCCAAUGGUGGAAAGGGCCGUCAUUGAGGGGCACCAACGAUAUUCUCGUGCCUCCGCAUAUGCUGGAGACAUUUGGAGAUUAUCUCCGUGACGAAGACAUAAACAAGGAAGUGACAAUACGGAACUUGGGGCAAGCGAUCCUGUACGAGAACCCGAAGAUGACACGACGGGAGCAGAUUGAAGUUGAAGUUCUGCACGGACACCCGCUGACAUGGUAUCGCUAUCAUCGCUAUGCAGAUCUGACGAAGUUUAUGAACUAUUUGGGGAGACGGUUCACGAAGAAUGUGGAGUUGAUACACAUUGGCCGGAGUUUUGAAGGACGACCACUGACCGUGGUGAAAGUUAGGUUCGACGGUCAGCGCUCUUCCGGAGUGAAAGGGAGCAAUACGAAGUACGUGAAAGGUAAGAAAAAGCACAUGGGGCUGAAACGAAGAGGUCAACGACCUGCCGUGUUUGUCGAAGCUGGAGCUCAUGGAAGAGAGUGGCUAGGUCCAAGUGUUGCCACAUGGAUAUUGGAUUCAUUGACGAAAGCAAUAUCAAACAAUGAUACGGAACUAGAGAACAUCAAGUCAAUGGAUUGGUACGUACUUCCUGUGUUGAACCCUGACGGCUAUGAAUACAGCCAUGAGUAUGAUCGUAUGUGGCGCAAGUCACGUUCUAAGCACCCGGAAACACAGAGUUCUGGAAUUCUAACAACUGCCCUUAACUGGUUACAAUCGCAAAGUUCCCUUUCCGUAGACUCGGACCAAACCUGCAUUGGGACUGAUCUCAACCGCAACUGGGAUCACCGCUGGAAUCUGGACGGAGCAUCCAAGUCCGCCUGUAGUGAGUACUACUCCGGGUACAAUGCUUUCUCCGAACCGGAAACCAAAGCAAUGAGUAAAUUCUUGACACAGGCUCGCCGCAAUAUCCAGAUUUAUCUGUCGCUGCAUUCGUACGGCCAGACCAUCAGCUACCCAGAUGAAAAGAGGUCGGAAGGUUCAGAACGAUUUGGCGAUGUGCACGAGAUGGCGGCAGUGGCAGUCGAAGCGCUUCGCGGUUCGGGAAGCCACAUUUCCUAUCAGAUUGAUAGGGAUGGAGAGAUGAGUUAUCCGAGCUCAGGAACCUCAGUCGAGUAUGCGCGUUACGAAGCCGGAAUAAAGUACAGCUACUCAGUCGAUUUGCCGGACACGGGUACCCAUGGUUUUCUUCUUCCUCCAUCGAGUAUUGAAAAUACGGCUAAAGAUACGUUUGAGUUAAUCAAAGGAAUGAUUGAUUAUAUUUAAGCUACUACUUAAGACUAAACAUUUGUACAAUUCGUCGAAUUGCUAUUGAUCAUGUCUUCUACAUGAUAUUUAAAAUACCUAUUAGAGUAAAUAAACCAACAGAUUUUAGACUCGAUUAACGUUUCUGAGA